CUCAGAAAAAAAAAAAAAAAAAAGGCAGAGUUGAUGUAUUGCUUAUAGUUAGUAAACCAGUUGUUUUUCACACACCAGUGCCAUAAUCUGCAGCUGAGAUUGAACACAGUUAAGUAGGUAUUAGUUAUCUUCAGGAUGGAAGAGAACAGUAACAAUUCAGAGCACCAAUGGGAACAUUGUUUCCUGAGAGUUCAAACAGUAACAAAGUAACAUAUGUUUCCUAAAUAUGUAUCAUGUGAAUCUUUAACGUUUGUGGACAGUAAUACAAACCUAGAGUGUGACAGAACAUCUUAGAAUUUUAUGUCCUUACUUAUGAAUAUUGGACUAGGCAAGGUGUGGAUACCUUUCCAGCUGAAAAUCUGAUCAAGGAGGCAGACUUCUUGGCUCCACGCUAAGAAUCGUGGGUGAUUUGUCAUAUUGGCCCUCUUUCUGGCAAAAUCUUAGUUUUCUUAGGCAGUGGAAUGAGGCAUAACAAAACAAAAUCCCUGGAGGCUAGGAACAGUUUGAAAGAAGACACUGUAGCAUGUGCUGCUUAAGUACAUAUCUCCUGCUUUUGGAAUGGAAACUAGGAAGUUAUUUAAAUAGAUACAUCUGUUUUUUAUCCUAUCUGUAGUAAUUAAUGUGGGAUAUUCAAAUAGGAAAAUAUGGGCUAGCACUGCAUAUUGUAUACAUGUCUUACAUUGUAUGCAAAUGACUAUUAGAUUUAGAUGACUAAUUAGAUUUAAAUGACGGUUCAGCUAGCUCCAAUCUUAACAGAUCAGAGAUUGUGGAGUUUAACUUCUUUGGACUGUGUCUUUUUCAUUUUGGCGCUGUGUCUGCAGUCACCAUAACCACUUAGAAAAAUCUGUAUUUUUUUCUGUUCUCCUCGUGUGUUCUGAGUUUUAGAAUCUUCCCUUUUGUGGUGUUCAGUCAUCCAGGUGCCCUUUGCCCUCUGUGAGCCAUUAAACCUUUUGAAGAGGCAGCUUUGCUGGGAUCAUUGUCUUGUGCCACAGUGAGUCGUAAGUGAAAUUUGGGCCAAAAGUGAGUUUAUGAAGACCGGUGGGCAGGAGCUCAAGAGCUGCAGGGUUGUCCUGUAGCCCGUGUCUGAUGUGCCCCAGCUGGGAAGCUGAUGAAUAGCUGAGAUCUGUAUCUGUGGACCUGAAUGUUGAUCCCUCGCUUCAGAUUGACAUACCUGAUGCACUCAGUGAGAGAGAUAAAGUCAAAUUUACAGUGCACACAAAGACCACAUUGCCCACGUUUCAGAGCCCAGAGUUUUCUGUCACAAGGCAACAUGAAGACUUUGUGUGGCUACAUGACACUCUUAUUGAAACAGCAGACUAUGCUGGGCUUAUUGAGUGGAGUGGUUGUCUCCUGUGGACCAGCAAGAGUAGAAUGAGGCACCAACUAGAAAACAUCGCUGCUGGGACAAGAGGCUCAUGAGUUCCUGCCUCUGCUGCAGAUUCCACCUGCUCCUACGAAGCCCGACUUUGAUGGUCCUCGAGAGAAGAUGCAGAAACUGGGAGAAGGUGAAGGGUCUAUGACCAAAGAAGAAUUUGCCAAGAUGAAACAAGAACUGGAAGCUGAGUAUCUCGCUGUUUUUAAGAAGACUGUCUCCUCCCAUGAAGUCUUUCUUCAGCGGCUUUCUUCUCACGCUGUUCUCAGUAAAGAUCGCAACUUUCAUGUUUUCCUGGAAUAUGAUCAGGAUCUAAGUGUGAGGCGGAAAAAUACUAAAGAGAUGUUUGGUGGCUUCUUCAAAAGUGUGGUGAAAAGUGCUGAUGAAGUCCUUUUUACCGGAGUUAAGGAAGUAGAUGACUUCUUUGAGCAAGAGAAGAACUUCCUUAUUAACUAUUACAAUAGGAUCAAAGAUUCUUGUGUGAAAGCUGACAAAAUGACCAGAUCUCAUAAAAAUGUUGCCGAUGACUAUAUCCACACUGCAGCCUGCUUACAUAGCCUGGCUUUAGAAGAGCCCACAGUCAUCAAAAAGUACCUGUUGAAGGUUGCUGAGCUAUUUGAAAAGCUUAGGAAAGUAGAGGGUCGAGUGUCAUCAGAUGAAGAUUUGAAGCUAACAGAGCUCCUCCGAUACUACAUGCUCAACAUCGAAGCUGCUAAGGAUCUCUUAUACAGACGCACCAAAGCGCUCAUUGACUAUGAAAACUCAAACAAAGCUCUGGAUAAAGCCCGGUUAAAGAGCAAAGACGUCAAGUUGGCUGAGGCACACCAGCAGGAGUGCUGCCAGAAAUUUGAACAACUUUCCGAAUCUGCAAAAGAAGAACUGAUAAAUUUCAAACGGAAGAGAGUGGCAGCAUUUAGAAAGAAUCUAAUUGAAAUGUCUGAACUGGAAAUAAAACAUGCCAGGAACAAUGUCUCCCUUUUGCAGAGCUGUAUUGACUUGUUCAAGAAUAACUGAUAUGCCUUCACUCAGAAGAAAAGAAAUGAAUGUGAAAGAAAGCCAAGCAUCACUUGCACUUAAAUCAUUACCACGGAAAAUUUAUUAGCUUCAAGUUUAAAAUUAUGUGAAUAAAUAUUUUGAUUUCUACAAAUCUUAACAUUUAACCAUGUUGGUUUAAAAACAUUAUUGCUUGCUACUUGGACAAACUAAUUUUUCCUUGUGCAUUUAAUACCUCUGGGCAGAAUCUAAAUACUGGGUUCUCCUGUAGUUCGUCUUUAGUUACUGAGAAAGGGUGUAGGAGACAUUUGCCUUCUGGAAACAAGUAGAAGCAAUCGCCGGGCCUAUGUCCCUACAAACCCGUGAUUGUCAGGGAGGUGCCAGUUGCAGCAGGUGAUUCAGCUGCUCGAGGCAGGUAACAGACCUUCCAUUCCUCACUGAAGGUGGGGUUUGUGUUUUUGUUUUGCCCCUUCACUCCACUGGUAGUCAUCUGGUAUUGACUACAGCAAGAAACGUAACAGCAAGAAAAUCUCAUUUAUCUUUAUAUACUCUUUGCACCUCCGUUUUUUAGUUGAGAUACAAAUAUUUGAGGGGAGAGAAAUAUCUACGGGUAUAUAUGGAAACAUAAUGUGGUCUACUUUGUAAGAUGGCCAGAUCUACAUUAGGAAGAGUAUGAGCUCCCUCCCUAGUGGCCAUUGGGGGGUGAGGGGGGUAUGGUGUAUGUCUUUGGGCAUUUGUUUUUUUAUAAAGCAUAUAAUAAAAUAAUUGUGCUACUAA